ACCAACUAGAGCCCAAUGGAGAGGACUGGGGCGGGAGGAGGGUCCAGGCAGGCCCCGCCUCCCCCGCAAAACCACGCCCCUCCGGGCCGGGCGAUAGGGACGAUUGGGGCCCAGGCCACGCCCGCCCAACGAGGCCCCUCCCCCUCUUGCGGCCAUGCCCACGCCCCGCCCCCUGAACAAAACCCCGCCCCCCUGGCGCGGUCUCCUCACAGCGGCGUUGGCAGUGGCGCCUCCAUUUUGCGCUCCUCCUCCUGUGGAAGCGAAGCCCUCGCCAGGCCACAGCCCUCCGGCCCUCCGCCGCCGCCUCCUCCUCCUCGGCGCCGCCGCCAGCAGGUCCUCUUCGCCGCCGCCAUGAAUGAGGAGUACGACGUGAUCGUGCUGGGCACCGGCCUCACGGAAUGCAUUCUCUCUGGAAUUAUGUCCGUGAAUGGAAAGAAAGUCCUUCACAUGGAUCGCAAUGCUUACUAUGGAGGUGAAAGCGCAUCCAUUACACCCCUGGAAGACCUGUACAAAAGGUUUUGCCUGCCAGGGUCUCCACCUGAGUCGAUGGGCCGAGGAAGAGACUGGAAUGUGGACCUGAUCCCCAAAUUCCUUAUGGCUAAUGGCCAGUUGGUCAAGAUGUUGAUGUACACAGAAGUUACUCGCUACUUGGACUUCAAAGUGAUUGAAGGAAGCUUUGUCUACAAAGGAGGGAAGAUUUACAAAGUCCCUUCAACUGAAGCAGAAGCCCUGGCAUCCAGUCUGAUGGGCUUGUUUGAGAAAAGGCGCUUCAGGAAGUUCCUCGUGUACGUCGCCAACUUCGACGAGAACGAUUCCCGCACUUUCGAAGGCGUCGACCCCAAGAAGAACACCAUGCGCGACGUGUACAAGAAGUUUGACUUGGGCCAAGACGUCAUAGAUUUCACCGGCCAUGCCCUUGCACUCUACAGGACCGAUGACUACCUAGACCAACCCUGCCAUGAAUCAAUCAACAGGAUUAAAUUGUACAGCGAGUCUCUAGCUAGAUACGGCAAAAGCCCCUACCUGUAUCCGCUUUAUGGCCUGGGGGAGCUGCCCCAGGGAUUUGCAAGGCUAAGUGCCAUCUAUGGCGGGACCUACAUGCUGAACAAGCCCAUUGAAGAAAUUGUCAUAGAAAACGGCAAAGUGGCUGGCGUGAAGUCAGAAGGAGAGAUUGCCCGCUGCAAGCAGCUCAUCUGCGACCCCAGCUACGUCCCGGACAGAGUCAAAAAGGUCGGCAAAGUCAUCCGGGUCAUCUGUAUCAUGAGCCACCCGAUCAAGAACACCAACGACGCCAAUUCGUGCCAGAUCAUCAUUCCCCAGAACCAAGUUAACAGGAAAUCGGACAUCUAUGUCUGCAUGAUCUCCUCUGCGCACAAUGUGGCGGCACAAGGGAAGUACAUUGCCAUUGUGAGCACCACCGUGGAGACGAACGACCCAGAGAAGGAGAUCAAGCCUGCCCUGGAGCUUCUUGAGCCAAUUGAGCAAAAGUUUGUUAGUGUCUGCGACCUAUUUGCACCAACCGACUUGGGGAGAGAGAGCCAGAUCUUCAUUUCCCGCACUUACGACGCAACCACCCACUUUGAGACGACAUGCGACGACAUCAAAGACAUUUACAAGCGGAUGAUGGGAUCAGACUUCGACUUCGAAGAGAUGAAGAGGAAGAAGAACGACAUCUAUGGGGAGGAGGAGCAGCAGCAGUAGGAGUAGUAAUAAUAAUAAUGAGGGUGCUUUAGGGGGGGGGUGCUAAGUUCGCUCUCCGCUGGCUGGUGUUGAUGCGUCUCCCCAAGAGGCACUUAAGCGAAGCUCCGUACAAAGUUCAAUAUUGUAAGGCCUGCUUUUUUUUUUUUUUUUUUUGUAAUCAUAUCUCUUGAGAUUGAAAAGAGUCCUGCACUGGUUAAAAGCGCUCCUCUCCCCUCUUUGGAAUUAUAAUCAUGUGUUAAUUCUUCUUUAAACAAAGGUUGCUGUGUCAAAAUUGGCAGAUACUGACACUCUUGAUGACGUCUAACUGUUGCUAACUUUUUUGACUUUGAAGUCGAAGCUGCUUUCAAUGAUUUUGUAGAUUUCGAGGGGCCACAAAUCAAAAGAAAUAAAAUCCAACUCGGGUUAACCUGGGAAGCUCGUCUGAAACCUCACAGCCUUCUCUUGGGUUUGUGUUUCGGCCAAAGCAACGGGUGACCCUCUCAGUGGUGUUUUGGGGGGUCUAUAAACCUGGGGUUCCCCCCAAGCAGCCUCUUCCCAUCUAGUCUUAAUUCCAUGGCAAGCUGGAUCAUGGCCAAAGCCCACAGCAACCCUGAAGCCAGUUUGGCAGGGUCUCAGCCCAGUGCUCUCAUCCUCUUCCAUCUCCUCUUUCCCUCUCUUUCCUAAAAGCUUCUCGACUCAAAGGCUUCUCAAAAACAAAAAAAAGUUUACAUCUGUUGGGACACAACUCUGUGUUUUAAACGCAAUUAUUAUUAUUAUUAUUACUAAUAAUAAAAACAAAAACUUGGUGGAAGAAUGAAAACUCCAAAGCAAGGCAAGGCAUGUGUGUGUAUAUUGUGUUCAAAGUUCUUUUCCAAAUUUCCUUUCUCUUCUGUACCCCACCCCCUGGUCUGGUUGUUUCUCAGGUGUGGACCAAGCUGCACUGCAGUAAGCGAUUUGACGGAGCCUGGGUUUAGGGGGGAAAAGAAAGGGCUCCGGAUGACUUCUGUACUGCCCAGUAAAGCCAACUUCUGGAAACCGA